UGAGACUAUCAGCAGCGUCCCAGUGUUCGUCGACCGAGCGUUCCUAAUUCAAGCAUAUGGCACAUACGGCCGCUUUACUUUCUUCUAUCUGUGUCCCCACCACUCUUUAAAAAUUCCGCCGAAAAAGAGAAGACGAUCUUCCAAAUCAUUCAAGCCGUUAUCUCACGGCUCCCCGAUCUCUCUGCGAGUGUAUAAGCGUUAUCCAGAAGGACUAGGGGAGGCCCUCUACCGCGAGCAAUUUGACUUCAACGCUGAGCCGCCUUGGGAUCCUAGUUGAUAAAGGGAGAGAACCAUCUCCCACGUCGUCCAUUUUGUUGCAUAACCAGAAUACCCCAGCGGCUCAGUAAACUCUCUAUGAUUGUCGGAUUUGCGGAAUACGGUUGAGAUGAAAGGAUUCGUUGAUGCACCAAACUACAUAAUUGAAGUAAUUGAGGAAGGAAAAACCCUUGAUGAUGUUGUCGACAACCAUAUCUAUGAACAAAAUCUGGCUGAAAAGAAUGCAUUUGUUGUGGCCAACCUUGGGGCCCUAAUGCGACAGCAUGUUCUGUGGAGGACUACCAAUCCCCUCAUUCGACCUUUCUACCCAGUCAGUUGUAAUGGCAGCCCUGUAGUUAUUGAACUCCUGUCUGCACUCGGUGUUGGUUUUGUCUGUGCAAAUAAGGCUGAAACCAACUUAGUGCUCGAUCAUGAUGUCCCUCCUGAGAAUAUCAUCCUGUCUGGAGUAUGCAAGCAGCUCUCACUCAUUAAGCAUGCGGCCAAGAAUGGCAUUAACUAUCUGGUAUGUGAAAAUGAGGUAGAGCUUCGCAAAAUUGCCCGCGCCCAUCCUGAAGCCAAGCUUUUGUUGCAAGUGUUUACUGAAGCACAGGUGGAAGAGGCAAGUGUGACCAUUGGCUGUUCACUGAAGGGCUGCAAGCACCUUUUGGAAAUGGCCAAGGAGUUGAGCGUAGAUGUGGUUGGAGUUACGUUCCAGGUACCGGUUUCAUGCAGAGAUCCCCAGGCAUACACCCAUGCACUGUCAGAUGCUCGCUGCAUCUUUGACAUGGGGAAGGAACUAGGCUUCGACAUGAAGAUUCUGGAUAUUGGUGGUGGAUUCAGCGGUACUGAGUUUCAGUUGAAACAGAUACAUUCUAAUGUCAGACCACUCCUUGAGGCCUAUUUCCCCUAUGUGUCUGGAGUGAACGUUAUUGCUGAACCAGGACAUUUCUAUAUGUUUUCCUCCUUCACCCUGGCUGUCAAUGUUAUUGGCAAGAAAGCAGUAUACCAGGACCUUCAUGAUGAGCUGACCCUAAAUGAUGAGCCAGAAUUUCUGUAUUAUAUGAAUGAUGGUGUUUAUGGAUCUUUUGUGGGGAAGUUGUUUGGAAAUAUAAUCACUGCACCUUCUGUGCCCAAGAUGUCACUCACACUAGACGAGCCAGUGUUUCCUAGCAGUUUGUGGGGUCCUUCAUGUGAUGCUCUGGACCAGGUGGUAGAGCAUUGCCUCCUCCCAGAGCUCUCAGUUGGGGACUGGCUAAUUUUCAGCAACAUGGGUGCCAGCAGUCAGGAGGGGCCAGCAACCCUCAGUGGCACAGACCAACCACCUGUGUAUUACACCAUCUCCACAGAUGACUGGUUUAAAAUGCAGGAGGCUGGGAUUUCUCUUGAUGACACCAUGAAAAACUUCUCAUUGGUCCAGUAUGGCUUAUAACUGAGCCAAACUCCGUCCACUUACCACUUGGCAUGUCAACAUUCCAACAGUCAUGGGUGGAAAAAUUAUAUUGGUGUUGGUGGGGGAAGAAAACAGACAUGUUAUUGGGCAACCUAAUUGAUUGACAUCAUUACCUCAGUUUCUUCCAAUUACAAAAAGGCUUGCUUACCUUAUUACCCAUAAAGAAUGACAAAAAAAACCCAUAUGAAAUGACAACAAAUGCAACAAAAUGGAUGACGGUGGAGAUGGCACCCAAUUCUUGGGUUUUUAAUCAAACACUGUUUACAUAAAUGUUCAACUAAUUUAAUUUUAUUAUGUAUACAUAUAUAGAUUACCUACUGACAGUCUUGUAAAUGAGUUGUCUGUACAACAUGAUGCAUUUGUUAAAAGCAUAAUUUCAAUUACAAUAGAGUAGUAUAUGCACAAAUAGUCCAUGACCCCUAGUAUAUGGGCAAAUUAUCUUCAAAUUUCCCAUGGUUUUAUAGAAGAGCAUUGCUGCUCUUGCCAAAUCAUUGUUUCCUCAUUACAUGUGGUGCGUCACAUGAUUUGUAUUUUCAAAGGUUGCUAUAUAUAUAUAUUUCAUAUAGUGCUGUAUGGUCUCUAGUGUGCUGCCCCUCAAAUUUAUUUUAACAUUCUGCCAGAUGGACGUUAGAAGGCAGAUUUAAAUUAUUAUAUUGUUUUUCCUAUUGGUAUAUUUUUUAAACUUGCAAGACAUCAUGGCUUCAUCAGUGAUGACACUCUUCUAAAGUUACACAAGUUUCACCACAGUCAGAAAAAACGUGGCCAUGCCAGGCAGUCAUUCUCAAACUAAAUUUAAAAUUGCAAGUGGUGUAUAUUGCAAAUGAACAUGUUAUGCAUCCUGUGUUUCUAGAACUAGCACAGUUAAAUGGCUGAUUUUUUAUUUUAUCAGCUCUAAAAUCUCACCCCUUGGUAAUUUAAAUGCCUUUUUGUCUAAGGCACUAAUGGACCAUUGCCUGUUUUUGACUGUAAAAUUGUGCUUGUAAAAGUAAUUAAAAUAUUAAUUUAAUACAUUUCUUUGAGCUAA